AUGGAAGGGAGAAGUCUAAUCUAUUUGAAUGAUAUUAAUGGCAAGACAACAGCUUUUACGAUAAUGGUAAAAGUACUUAGGCUUUGGAGAAAACCAAAUCCCAAAAAGGUUGGUGAGAUAUGGGCUAUUGAGAUGGUGCUCAUAGAUGAAAAGGGGACCAAAGUGCAAGCCACUGUAUGGAGUAAUAACUUUAAAAGACAUGAAAAAAUGGGUAUUGCCUUAACGUUGACAUUGUGGGAGGAAUAUUGCGAUCAGAUGCAAGAGUACAUCUCAAAAAAUAAGGCAGAAGUACAUGUUGUACUUAUCGUACAAUUUGGAAGCAUCACUGACUACAAAGGCAACAUCAAUGUCUCAAACGCUUUCAAUAUCACUAAGUUGUUCAUCAAUGAACGCAAUGAAAAGAUUAGUAAUUUUAGAAGAAGUUACAUUGCAAAAAAUUCUGCUGCAACACCAUCGGUUAAUCGUCCUAUUGGCCAGUCCAGGGUUAUGCAUGUUAUUGUUGUUGGUACAGUUACAGCUGUAAACAAAGACAACGAUUCGUAUUAUCUAGGUUGUGAAAGUUGUAAUCGCAAGGCUUCCCCAAGUUUGAUAUUCCCAGAAGACGAUGAUGGAAGUGAUGAUGUUGAUAUGAAAGAAGUUUUAAUAUGUACUAAUAAGGAUUGCAACAGAGAUGUCGUACCGGCGGUUUACAUGUACAAAACACUACGAGUAGAGGAUUCUACAGGAACCGUAAAUCUAACUCUAUUUGACCGUGACACAGUAAAACUUUUGGGUUUAUCCGCCAAACAAAUGGUUGACAAAUAUGUAAAGCAGUCUUCUGGUGGUGAUAAAGUUACACGUGUUGAAUUCGAUUCCUUCGUCGACAAAAAGUAUGCAUUUAAAAUUCGUGUUGGAACGUAUAAUGUGGACAAGAAGGUUGAUGGAUUUUCUAUCUACAAGUUAGUGGAUGAUCCAGCUAUAAUUUCAACACUUGAAAAGAAGUUUGAUGUUCCGGUUGAAAAAAAUAGCUCAAUGAAUCUCCUCCCAACUGCUUCGUCGUCACAAAGUGAUGCAACAUCGCUGCCCAACAAUAACGAGAUUAUGAAGAGUAAUGUUGAUCUGAAAAGUAAGACAACAAAUGUGGUGUACAAGGAGAUUUUUAAUGAAUUUUGA